GGAAUCUUUUGCUUUUCAAAUAUUCAAUGUGAUUGGGGCAGGAGAGAGGGUGAUUGGAUACUGGACCCCAAUGGGAGGCAUUUCAAGGCAGUUAAACACAAAAAAGCUCAAAAAUUCAAGUUCUAUGAGUAGCCUCAAAACAAUUGUAUGGCCAGGAGACUCAACAACCAAACCAAAAGGUUGGGCUAUACCACCAUAUGGUAAAGAGAAGUUAAAAGUUUUAGUCCCAGCGAAGACUGGUUUUAAUCAAUUUGUGAGCAUGGAAAAAGACCCACCUCUCACUAAUAAGGCAGUUAAUAUCACAGGGUUCUGUAUAGAAGUAUUCCGUAAUAUAACAAAUAUAUUACCUUUUGGUCUCCCAUAUGAAUUUCAAUUUUACCCACUAGAUGGAGAAAAUCUUCGGAGCUAUGAUGAGCUUAUUGAUCAAGUUUACCUUAAGAACUUCGGUGCAGCAGUUGGGGAUAUAUCGAUUUUGGAAAAUCGGUCUAAGUAUGUAGAUUUCACAUUACCUUAUACAGAUUCUGGGGUGACAAUGGUGGUGGCAGUGAAAGAUAAUGUAAAUAAAGAGCUCUUUUCAUUCUUGCAACCUUUAAGCUUUGGUCUUUGGAUGGUGACUCUAUUAGGUUUCAUCUGCAUAGGGCUCGUGGUGUGGAUUCUUGAGCAUCAGAGGAAUCCCGAGCUUGGUUCCUCACCUGGACAACAAUUACAAACAAGCAUGUGGUUCUCCUUCUUAACGCUCGUAUUUUCCCAACGAGAGAAGAUAGAGGGGAUCUCAACAAGGGUUGUAUUGUUCGCAUGGAUGUUCUUCGUGCUAAUCCUAACACAGAGUUACACUGCUAACCUUUCAUCUAUUUUGACAACACAGCAGUUGCAACCCACAAUUACAGAUGUUGAAGUCUUAAAGAGUAAUGAAUAUAAUGUUGGAUACCAAGCUGGAUCGUUCGUGGAAGGGUUCCUGCUAAACUACUUGCACUUUGACAAGUCCAAGCUCAAGGGUUAUGGAAGUCCAGAGGAAUAUCAUUCUGCUUUAUCUAAUGGAUCAGAUAAUGGAGGUGUUGCUGCCAUUUUUGAUGAAAUCCCUUAUAUUCAAGUCUUUCUCAAUAUGUAUUGCAAUCAAUACACCACCGUCGGGCGUGUUUACUCAUCUGAAGGAUUUGGCUUUAGAUGGAUAUUCCUCCAGCCAUAUUUGGAGAGUAUCACAUGGAAAAUAACUCAUAACUUCAGAGAAGCGAACUCAAUUGCCGACUACCUGGCUAGAGAUGCGGCGAAGACAGGGAUUUCUGCCAUAAAUGUUGACUUUCCUGCCAACAUUAAGGAUUUCAUCAGAAGAGAUGCUGAUGGCAGACCAAACUAUAGAUUUGAUUAGUGGGAUUCUCUUUCCUCUGCUGAUGGCAAUGCCAAAGGUGGGGGUCAGGGAAUCGAUUUUAUUUUUGAUUCACUCUAUUUUCUCAGUUUGA